CACGAACACGUGUCCCGACUUCGGAAUUAUAAACAUUCGCCGAGUGGAACAUAUACGUAAAUGUGUUCGAACUUAAGUUGGUAUAAAAAUAAGUGUGUGAACAAUGAGUCAAGUUAUUUAAGCUAGAGAUAUUAUGAUUAUUUUGCAUUGAUUUUAGUUAAUGGUGUUAUUUAGUGAUCUUAAUGGAGGAUUAAAUGAGAAAUGAAAUGGCGAAGUUGUUGUGUUUGUAUGGAUGUCGUGCGGAGUGCCGGCGCGUUGCUGUGCGGCUGGCUGUGGCUCUGCUGGUGCUGAGCACCGCACAUGCUGUGGACAUGGAGGAGUUUAUCAGUGACUUGGAUCUACCAGUGCCCACUGUGCACGUACAGGGCGUAGUGGGCAAGAAAGCUUCCCUACCGUGCGAUACGCAGCCACUCUCCUCGGAAGACCAGGUCGCCAUGGUGCUAUGGUUCAAGGAAUCUGAUGGGGAACCACUCUACAGCUACGACGUGCGAGGACGGGCACUUACGCAGCCCAAGCUGUGGUCGUCGCCGUCCGGCUUCGGGGCGCGCGCCUUCUUCCGUGCGGCCGCUGUCCCUGCAACACUGCUGCUGGAUAACGUGUUCACCAGCGACGCCGGCGUCUACCGCUGCAGGGUGGACUUUACGAAUUCGCCCACUAGAAACUUAAGGCUUAAUUUUACUGUUAUCACACCGCCGGAACGCCCGGUCAUCAUCGACGCUAAGACCAGAGACCAGACGCGUCUCCUGGAGCCCUACGACGAGGGGGACACGCUGGAGCUAAUCUGUGAAGUGCGCGGAGGUGAUCCGAAGCCACGUUUGACUUGGUACUUGGAGAACACAGUGAUCGACGACUCGUACGAGCUUCAGAGAGACGGCGUGACUAUGAACACGCUGACCUUUCCCAGCAUCGGCCGACAGCACCUGAACGCGCGGCUCAUCUGUCAGGCCUCCAACACCAAUCUAGCUCCGCCGCAGACAAAGCUGCUCAUCUUGGAGAUCAAUUUAAGGCCUUUGACGGUGCAAAUCCUGAACAAGAGCCAACAGCUAUCAGCGGACAGGAGCUACGAGGUGGAGUGCAAGGCGACCGGCUCGCGGCCCGCAGCCCAAGUCACCUGGUGGAAAGGAACGCGCCAGCUCAGGAGAAAGUCUAAAACGUUCUCCGACACGAACGCGACGUUGAGCGUGCUGACUUUUACCCCGGAGGCGGAGGACCACGAGCGCAGCCUGGUCUGCCGCGCUGAGAACCCGCGCCUCUCCGCCGCACUGCUCGAAGACUCUUGGAAGCUUAAUGUUCAUUAUGUACCGAUAGUGACAUUGAAAAUGGGUUCGACUCUAAAUCCUGGCCACAUUAAGGAGGGUGAAGAUGUUUAUUUUGAAUGCAACAUAAAGGCAAAUCCUAAAGCGACAAGACUAUCGUGGUUCAAGGGGGCGCGCGAGAUCGUGCAGAAUGCGAGUACCGGGGUUAUCUUUAGCGACCAGAGCCUCGUGCUGCAGCGCGUCGAUCGCUCGUCCAGUGGCGAGUACAGCUGCCUCGCGCACAACGCUGAGGGCAGCGCCACCAGCAACUCUGUCACGCUGCAAGUCAGAUACGCGCCACUAUGCAAGCAACAGCAGCAGCCGCAGAGCGGAGUGUGGGGCGCGCUGCGGCAGGAGACUGUGGAGCUGACGUGCGCGGUGGACGCCAGCCCGCAGCCCACUGCCUUCGUCUGGACAGUCGACAGUUCCGGCGGACAUACUGAACUGCAGCCCAGCCUGUACACUAUGUACAACUACACGUCCGUACUGCGGUAUACACCGCUGUCGAACAUGGAUUACGGAACUAUUUCAUGCUUCGCGGUGAAUGCGGCCGGCCGGCAGGAGACGCCUUGUGUCUACAAGAUUGUUCCCGCAGAUCGUCCGUCCACGCUGCAGAACUGUUCUAUUGUGAACCAGAGCUCAGAAAGUCUGUCUGUCGAAUGCACGGAGGGCUUUGACGGAGGAUUGCCGCAGACAUUCUACAUGGAAGUGCUAGAGUUACCUUCACUUAUGGUCCGCGCUAACGUGACGUCAAACUUCACGCCGAGUUUCGAAGUGCUGGGGGUAGACAGUAGAGUGAGCUACAUACUGAACUUGUACUCUGCUAACGCCAAGGGGAGGAGCGAAAUAGUCACUUUGUACACGAUCGCGUUACGAUCUCCGGAUAAGUACACUGGCGGCAGUGGCGGGCUGUCGCUCUCGCCGCUGCUGGUGGCGCUGCUGGCGGCGGCGGCGCUGCUGAGUGCGGCGGUGUGCGCUGUCAUCGCCGCGUUGUACCGCCGGCACGCCGCACGACACCGCAAGCAUCCACCGUCCACCAAUGCUUUAUAUUCGGAAGACAGCGUGGACUCGUUCCCGCGACGAGAUAAGAGCGAUGACGUCACGUAUUCAGCGUCGCCCAAGAUCGACUACAGCAGCCAGUACGAGCUGAAGAUGGAGGGCGACGUCGAAGAGACCGACCCCGAUAUCAUACCAUUUCACUAUGAUAAAAAACCUACGGAAGUGUACAGUAAAUCAUCAUUUCAAGAAAAUGAACCGAGAAGAAUAUACAGCGAGCAAUCGUUAUUUAGUACUAAUAUAGCGCUGGUGAACCGCGGUGUGACGGCGCGCAGCGCGGACAUCGCCGCGGCGGCGGCGCGGUUGCGACCUGAGGUCGUCACGUCGUCGCGCAGGGUGAAGGAGAGUUGCAUCUAACUGUUAUGUAUCUGUUGUUGUUAAAAGAUAUUCAUUUCAGCGAAACCAAAGGAAAUUAAAUUUAAAUAAGACUGAUUGUAGAUUUAUUUGGU